UCAGAAGACUAUGGUCCUCCAUCAACAAACUCUUGAUGAGUAGUCCCCAGCUCUGAUCAUUCAAAUUCACAGUGAGACUCUGGAGACCAUUGAACAUUCCCAUACUUUGGAAGCCAUCUGUCACAGAAGGCUGACAUGGACAAAGAAAUCGAGCAUCACCUCAAAUGUGCAAGUGCAGCCUUUGGACACCUGAGUAAACAGGUGUUCAAAGAUCGUGACAUCAGAUCUGAAACCAAGCUCAUGGUUAUCAAGCAGUUGCGAUUCCCACCUUACUGUACAGAGCUGAGACAUGGACAGUGUGCAGGAGACAUCUUAAACCACUGGAGAAGUACCAUUAAUGCUUUCUGCAGAAGAUUGUUCAGCUUGAAUGGGAAUAUAGACACGCCAACAUUAACGUCCUCUGGCAAGCAAACACCCCAAGCAUCCAGGCGAUGGUCAUCCAACAUCAACUUUGCCAAGUCAACCAUAUCAUCUGGAUGAGUGAUUCCAGAUUCCCAAAGCAAAUUUUAUUCUCCCAAUUCAGUCAAGGUCCUCAAGAGGAGGGCAGAGAAAGCACUUCAAGGAUGUUCUCAAGGCCAACUUGGAAAAAAAAAUGCAACAUCAACAACUCGUGGAAAACUAUCGCCCCGGCCUGCUCCAAGUGAAGGGAAGAGUCUGUUGCAAUGAUCUCAGUACUUUGAAACCUCAUGACAGCAUGAGAUGAAAAGGCAGGAGUGGCAGAAACAGCAUGUCGCAGACCAAAUCAAGAACCCAGAGUCACCCGUCUCACACAGGAACAUGUUCCUGAGCUGCGGCAGAGUCUGGUGCUCCUGAAUUGACCUUGUCAGCCAUCUUCAGAUCCAUAGAUAAGACAGUCAUGGAAAACAAUCAUCCUUGACUGCGAGGGGUUUCCAAUGAUGGCUAUUUGUUUUCAGGAAGUUUCUGAGUUUUGGUUAAACAGCUGUCUGGGUUGGGGGGAGGCUAAAUAUGGGUGGUGCUUCUGUGAUCAGAGGGUUGGACUAGGUGACCUUUUUGCAGCUCCCUCAGCCCUAUUUUUUCUAAGAUUCUGUUUUUAAAGUCUUCCCCUGAGAUAGAAGGGCAGCCUUGAGUUGCUUUUACAAAAACAGUAAAUGUUUGAAGCCAUUUCUACUGAAGCAGUUAAACUAGCAGCAUCUGAAGCAUAAACCCCAAGCAAGCCCUCCACUAGAGUUAGCACUCAAGCACACCAAAUACAAAACAAAUCCCCUUUUUUGUCCAUGGGAAAAGUGGAUGAUUAAAAGAAUCAGAACAGCCAUUGUAAUGAAAUAGUCUCUCCCUUUUGGGCUGCUAGACGCAGGUUACGACUUUAAACUUUCAGUUUGCUACCUUCUAUAGGAAAUUAGGAAAUCUGUGACAAAGAUAACACUGCCCACUGACCCCAGAGGAAACAGGAAGCAAAAACGGAAGCAAGUCAUUGCUGAGAUGUCUCAUUUGACCGCACUGCAUGGUGUGGAAGCAAAAGCAGUUAAGGCAGGGUUUCUUUUUCUUUUUUGUAUAUGAGACCUCAGGCUACAGCAGCAGCCACUGCAGAUACUGAACCUUUAGAUACACAUGCAGGAAAGAAGCAGAAGGAUGAUUAUUUUUUACCUGAGAGAAACCCUUAGUUGCUAAUGGCACAUUUGGUACAAAGGAAACAUUCAUUCGGUGCAACAUUCAGCAGAAAAAAUAUGUGUCGGCCAGACCUUGUCAUCAGAAUAAUGGCCUCAGAAGAACAGUGUUGGCCAGUUCCAAUGAAGGCGAUUGGAGCCCAGAACCUACUGACAAUGCCCGGAGGGGUUUCCAAGUCUGGAUACCUACACAAGAAAGGAGGCACACAGCUGCCAAUUAUGAAAUGGCCACUGAGGUUUGUGAUUAUCCAUGAGGGAUGUAUUUACUACUUUAAGAGCAGCACAUCUGCAUCUCCACAGGGUGCUUUCUCUCUAAAUGGGUACAACAGGGUUAUGCGGGCAGCUGAGGAGACAACAUCAAGCAAUGUGUUCCCUUUCAAGUUGGUUCACAUUAGCAAGAAGCACAGAACCUGGUUAUUUUCUGCCUCCUCUGAAGAUGAAAGAAAGAGCUGGAUGCUCUCACUGAGGAGGGAAAUAGAUCAUUAUCAUGAGAAGAAGGAAACAAUAGUAGAGUUCAGUGAUUCUGGUUCCGAUGCAGACAGUUUCUAUGGCUCAGUUGAACGUCCUGUUGAUAUCAAAUACUCUCAUCAUUCCACAGAAAAUGAAGACUAUGACCAGGAAGAGGAUGAAGAAUCUUACUUGCAACCAGAUACUUCAGACUUGUUGAAACCAGAUGAUAACAUGGUCCUCCCACCAGCCUACCCACCACCACCAGUUCCUCACAUCAGAAAAGCUGCUUACACAGAAUCGAGGGCACGCUCUUUUCCUAGCAAAUCCACUGGGCCCCAACUUCCUCCUCCUCCUCCACCUAAAAGAAGCUUGCCCGAUAUAAAAUCUGAGGACUUCUUGCAAAUGAGGGAAUCCCAGCUGCACUGCAGAGCUGAGCCUAAUCUCAAGAUGCAGCCAUCAAACAGGAGGAUGAGCGAUGCACCACCUCCUCUUCCCCCCAUACCUCAUUUCAAAAAGGGUGCCUUCAACAAAGACAGCUGCUCACCAUCACCAGAACCUCUGCCUAUUGGCCAUGUUUUUGCCACUCCAGAAGGAUGUGAGAAACUCAAAAGUUUAAGCCUUUCCCAAUGGACCCCGCCUCCAUUACCAGGCAACAAACCCAAAAUAGCACAUUUGUCUGAGAAGCCAAUCGAGAUCAAAGUGCCCAAAGAACUUGGCAAGCCUGGACUGUUUGUGCCACAAGUGCUGCCUAAGCCGCCUUUACCCAGCCAUCCACCACCUCUGCCUGGCCACCCUCCGUCCCUAUUUGGCCACCAGCUGCCUGUGCCCGGCCAUCCGCCACCCAUACCUGGAAUCAAACCUAAACCAGAGAAGGCUGUGCUUCCUCAGUUACAGAGAUCACCACCAGAUGGACAAAGUUUCCGUAGCUUCUCAUUUGAAAAACCAGCUAUAACCUCAAAGCAAAACCACUCUGAAGAAGAUUCUGAUGAAGACUAUGAAAAAGUUGAGCUGCCUAAUUCAGUAUUUGUUAAUACUUCUGAAUCUAUUGAUGUUGAAAGGAUGUUCAAAACUACCAACCCAAGAGGACAGCCCCAAAAUGGAUUAUAUUGUAUUCGGAAUUCAUCUACCAAGCCUGGAAAGGUAUUGGUUGUAUGGGAUGAGUCUACAGAGAAAGUAAGGAACUACAGAAUCUUUGAAAAGGAUACAAAGUUUUACCUGGACUCAGACACCAUGUUUCUGAACCUUGGAAGUUUGAUUGAGUACUACUCCACCCAUGUCUUACCCAGCCAUGACAGCCUCACUCUCGGAUGUCCUUAUGGCUACUCUGGACCAAGGUGAUACAACCUGUAUAAUUCACUGACUGAGGUAAAAGGCACUGUGGAAAGAUGGGCUCUUAGAGGAAUGGUAGUUCCUACUAGCCUAUAAAGUGAACAGAAUAGCCACGCUAUUGGGCUUGACUGGGUUUGUUCUUUGCACACAUGGAGACUGAGUCUGUUUCAGCCACUUGUCCCACAGAGUACGGAUUGCAUACAGACUUCAUCUAACGAUCUCUUUGGUAAAAUUUUCCAAUCCUGAUCACUGGACUUUGUUGGGCCUUUCUCCAAAGAAGGGCAGCUUGGCUAUGCUGUGAGAAGUGUUUGCAAGAUUCGUGCCUUUUGUAGAACUGUUGCUACUACUUUCCCAGGCAUGUGGAUGUGAAGGUGGAGGAUGGACAUGGCCACAGCAGUGUUGUGAACAAAACCAGUAGGAAUGAGGAACUUCUGAAAGUAAAGCACAAGCUACUUGUGCUCAGGAAUACUACCUGUCUGACUCGGACAUUCACUCUUUGAGUUGAUAUUGGUGCUUGACUGAGAUUUUGUAGUAAUUUAUAAUUAAUUUGUAAAUAAGUAACUAGAAUACUUCUGGCAAAAAUUGUAUUCUGUGUGGCCACAGGAAAUCAGAGGUGGCCCUUUCUAAGUCAGACCUUGCGAAAAAACAUCCUCUGAUCACUGUAUCUGACUCCCAGGCUGUACCACAAGUGCCUCCCCAGGGGACUGCUUAUUUUGGAUCUCAUCUCAGUUCUCUAUAAUGCUCAGUGUUAGCCACUCCAGACAGUUGUGGAAUAGUAUUGAUUUUACUCUAAGGAAAGUUCUGUUAACUAGUUCUCAGCAGGGAGAGUGAUGCCAUCUUUUUUUCUUCCUGAGUGCAUGGGAAAAGAGAAAAAGAACAUGUGAGCUAAAGUAGAGAGAACUCUGGAGCAUACCCCAGAUUCUCCUCAGAAGGCCCCUACAGAAGGAAGGAACAAGAAAGAUGGGCUUAAUAUUUGAAUCACUAAUGAAUAAAUUAUAAAAUCCUAUUAAAACGCUUGGACUAAAUUAUCAAGGUCUCAAAUUCUGUAUGUGUAAAAUGCGUUGUUCUCAUUGCACCUUCUGGGAAUCUGAAAUUUAUUCUCUGCCAUUUUUUUUUUAAAUUGGCGACGUGGUUUGGCAUUCAGUAACUUUGAGAUCAUGUCUCUCUCAUUGGUUUAUAUAUGAAUUCAUUUUCUGUCAGCUAAGAACAAAAUGUGGAAUUUAAAAAAUCCCUAUCAAUACAAGGUGCUUGUAGUUCUUCUUGCCAAGUUUUUGUGUAGAAGAGUCUUACAGACAAGGUGUUAAUAGAAUCACUUUAGCAUCAUUGACUUUUUCUAGUGCAUGUUAUUAAAUGUCCUGCAUUUCACAAAUCUCAAAAGUUCUGUAAUUAUGACCUUGGAAACAAGUUUAAUCUUUCUGAACCUGAAACAGAACUAAUCCAGGUUUAUAUGGCAAGGCUUCUGAUUCCAGACUGGGGAAUGGUCUUUCUUCUUGUUGACUUUCUGCACACCGGCUUUAAUCUCUGACACUAACUUUUGCUUAUUUAAAUUAUAUACUUUGAACAAGAUGGUUACAACGUGUAAGUCUUCUAUUUAUAAAAAAUGAAUUAAAUAUGUUUUUUUUAAUUCACCAGAGUAUUACCUCUGGUGAAUUCUCCUUGAGAGAGAUGUUUGGAGCCACAAUUCCUAGCUUCAGAUUGCUGCUUUGAUGCUUUUGAACUGACUUAUCUGUAAUUAUAUUUAUCUCUGCCUACCCUUAAAGUGUGUUUAUAAAUAUAAGUUAACACUACCCUGGAAAACCUACAGUGCUACAAGCAUUGGAUUGUGAUUUUAAUUAGCUAAAAGCUUUUCUUUUCCUGUGUGAGUAUUCUCUGGAUUUUCUUCUCUGACUGUGAACAUUCAGCCAAUCAAGUGCCUGUAAAAACUAGUCAGAGUGGUUCUAUGGUGAGUGCAGAGAGCCAGCCUUAGAAGAGAGAGGAUUGCCCAGAUAUCACUUAGCUUUUUCCCCCUUCAGAGGUUAAUCAAAUUAAUUCUGCACCCUGUAGAAAAAUAUGACUUUGCAAUAAAAGGCCAUUCACUCACACUUAGACUUGCUGUGUUGCAGGGAGCAGUGAAUUCAAAUAUAUCAUUUUGGUAGCAUUUUGUUUAGGCCCUUAUAAUGAAUAUUAUUAAUCUCAAAUCCCUUAAACUGCAAAAGUAACAUGUAAUCAAAUAUAAUAAAACAUAACACUGUCUUUGUGUAUAGUAUGAGAUUUGCAAAUAUGUAAAUAUUCAUUUUUCUGUGCCUUAAUUUCCUUGUGAUAAACCUUUGAAUGUAUAUGUCUAUGAGGUGAAUAAAUUUUAAGGCCAGUUCCUAUGAAA